AUGUCGAAUGCGACUUGCGUCUUCAUAUUAGUCUGUCUCAUUGUGGUUGUACAAGGACAGAACUGUAGCAUUCCACCGUUGUCUCUUGCGAUUCAGAACACGACAUUCAGCGAUGGCAUCGCGGUCAACCGGGGCGUCCAGACUUUGCUCGGGGGCCAGUUACUCGGAUUACGUCUUUCGCUCAGCCAAAACAACACGCGUGUACGAAACGCACGAGACUGCUCUGUGAUCCCAGCAAACUUCUCUGCAUGCCAGGGAGCUUCGGGAGGCGUCUUCAACGUCGCUAACAACUCAUUCACGCAAGUUCCUCUCAGCAAAUGGAAUGUCUCUGUGGUAGAUCGCCAUCCGCAGGACGCGACAAUCAUAUACGGGUACAGCUCAUCUGAGUUUCCAGAUAGCGCGGCAACCAUUGAUGAGCUACCGUUUGAGGUCUGGGCCGACGCAAAUGCUGCGAAUAAGUCCGAGUUGGCCCUGGGUCCAAGCUCGUCCUUCUUUCAGCGUCUUGUCGAGGCAUCGUGGGCGCCUACUCGUAACUUUGGGAUCUACCAUGGAUCGAGGUCGCAAAAUCAGGCGAGAGACGGUGAGCUUGUCAUUGGCGGCAUAGACGUGGCCAGAUUUGACGCGUCAACACCACCCCAAGAAUUCCCGAUAGCCGCAUACGGGGCGUCAACAGACUGUCCUCUACAGGUCAUGCUUUCGGACGUCGUUCUGACCAAUGUCAAUGGUAACUUCUCCCUGUUCAAAGACCCGGCUGCCAGAGUACCGGCCUGCAUCGAUACUAUCCAGAACGCCUUUACCUUUACGAAGGCCAUGUACGCGGAAUGGGCUCAGCUGACUCAACACAUUGAUUAUGACGGAUCCAACUACACGGCGCAAACAUACCCAGCCGACAGGGAACCUCUUAUCGGGCACUUGACCGUCACCUUGUCCAACGGUUAUACCUCGGUGAUUCCGCACUACGAACUCGUCUCGCAACAACGCGGAUCUGAUGCCCAGGGCAAGUAUUCAGUCACGAACGCGUCCCGCAUCAUGGCAGCAGUCCAGACGGGCCAGGGCGAUCUGGGAGUGGAUGUUCCUCUGCUGGGCGGAACUUUCUUAUCCCAAAACUACCUGCGCGUCGACUAUGACCAGAACAAAUUCUGGCUAUCAAAAGCCAUCAUUGAUGACUCGGUCUCUCCAUCCAUCGAGACCACCUGCGAGCAGACAUCCGUAGUAGCAGGUAAUUCCGGACAGGGCGCCUCGGUGAGUAGUGCCAGCAAUGAUAUCGGCCUCAAAGUCGGCUUACCCGUGGCCUUUGUCGUCGUUGCAACGGGCUUGUUUGGGUUCUGGUUAUUCAAAAGGCGCUCCAACUCAAUAAUUACAGGGCAAACCGAUACACCAAAGCCGUUUCGGAAAGGCUUCAUCUUUGCCGCAAAGUCAAAAUCUGGGUCUCGCCGCGAUACGGUCGACGACCAGCCAAUCUCGCCCGACUUUCGACCCCGGGAAGUCUCCGAGGUAGAGACUAUAGAAAAGCCGAUGCAGCUCACCACCAAUACUGCGGAAGUGGAUAGAUUUGAGAGAUGGACAGCAGAACCCGCGGAGCUUGCCUCGCCUACCGGACUUGGCAAGUAG